ACCACAUCAAAACUUCGGAAAUUUGCUACCCGCGUAUAAUGUCGUAAGAUCCCACGUGGUGAGGCUUAUGCGGCAGUUAUCUUGAGAAAGCAGGCUCUGCGAGGUACUGGUAUCGAAGGCAUCAGUGCAAUGGCCAAUAGCAUGGCCGUUAGCGCGCAUGUGUUCACUAGCUUCCGAGGCAUGCGUGAACAGCUUCGCCCUUCCAGCUCUAGUACACGGAAUAGAAAGCAUGCUUGAACAAGGGUGGGAUCAUACAUAGGACGAGCCUCUUGCUGCUUGUUCGAGUGCUUCGUUGAGCGAUUUCAUCCUCCCCGCACGAUUCGAAUAAAACAGGCAGGAUGUUUGGUCAAUCGGUAUCCAUCAUCUUGCAAUGAAUUUGUGAUGGCAUGUCGAGCUGACUACACCAGGGUUUCACGAGCUACAUGCUCAUUGCACAGAGUGUUCUUGCCGCAAGCAAGGCGACCAACUCCGAUGUCCGAAUGAACCACAUUCAGGUCAUUGGAACACACAACUCCUACCAUCGCGAGGUCUCGCUUGCAGAACGUGCUGUUUUCGAGAAAUAUGUGCCUUCUCCGGAGGACUACUACUACUCGCACUCUACGCUACCCAACCAGCUAGAGCAUCAGGCGGUACGCUCGUUCGAGCUUGAUCUUCAUUCUGAUGAGAAAGGCGGUCUUUACUAUCCUCCAGUGAUCUGGACGCUUUCCAAUCUUACGAACGCCACCACUCCUUUUGAUGGAUCUGUGCUGCAAAAACCUGGUAUCAAGGUCUUCCACGUCACAGAUUUCGAUCCUGACUCUGUGUGCCACACUUUUAUCGACUGUCUAACGCAGCUCAAGACCUGGUCAGAUGCAAACAAGAACCAUGUUCCAAUCAUCAUCGAUCUCGAGCUCAAGACCGAUGCGCCAGCCUGCGUACUCGGCGGUGUCUGCCCCGGCGAAGCUACAAACUGGACGCUGCCGCGCCUUCUAAACGUCGACGCCGAGAUUCUGUCUGUGUUCCCUAAGAAGCAGCUCAUCCGUCCAGACGAUGUGCGUCAGGGUAACUUAACGCUUGAGCAGAGUGUUUUGCAGAAGGGUUGGCCUCUGCUUAGCGCUGCCCGCGGCCGCUUCAUGUUCUUCUUCGACAACGAUCCGAAGCCAACUGACCCCAAUUCUCCACGCGAACUGUACAAAUCUGGAGGCCACGAGUCUCUUCAAAACCGUACUGUCUUCACCAACUCGCUCGAAGGCUCGUCCGAUGGUGCGGUCAUCAAGUACAACGAGCCGCGCGGUAACAACACAGCUGAGAUUCAACGGCUCGUGAAGAAAGGCUACAUCGUGAGGACGAGGAGCGAUGUACCACUCGAUACUGUGCUGAACAAGACUACUGAGAUGCGCGACUCGGCGUUCGCAUCAGGAGCGCACAUCGUUAGCACGGAUUUUCCGUCUUGGGGCAUGAGUGCGAGGUGGGGUUGGGACUACGUUGCGCAGCUGAAGGAUGGAAGAGUUGCUAGGUGCAACCCUGUCAAUGCACCCAAGGGUUGCAAGGACAGCAAGCUUGAGUAGACUGUGGGCGUUCACGAUCAUGAUCCUCAAGUGGAUCAGCAGUGAUCCUCACGUACUUUGGUCAUUUGAGGCGCCUUGUAAUGUACAGCAUCGAAAACAUCUCGUGAAUUUUUUAGGCAACGGCUACGUUCGGCAGGGCGUUGACGGUUACUUGACCUGUCGUUCCUUGUAAUGACACGUAGCAUCCAACUUUCUCGUAUCUUACACUCCCGUAC